AAAAAACUUGGCUGGGUUAUAAAACUUGAAAAUAGGUGGGCGGUGGCACAAAUCGUUCACUUCUCUUCAGGUUGAAUUUAGUUGUCUCGAUCGAGUUACUUCAGCGGUUUCCUAUUUGUGUUGCUUUUACUCCUCUUCCGAACGAAUUUGCCUUUGUCAUCGUCCCUGAAAAGCUAGGGUUUCACUUUGCUACAAUCAUGAACUGUGAAGUUUGCCAACUCAAAGAACUGGAACUAGAGCAAUUUGAGAUACGUGAAGUUUUGCGAUGCAUACUACACACCAUCCUGUUUCAUCGGGCCUUGGGUCUUGUCCGUCCAAAAGAUGUAGACUUGGAACUAUUUGAUAUUACUUACGUGCAAUGCGGAGAAGAUGAACUUGAAAAGAAGGUAGAUGACAAGAUUGAGCAAUUCAUUAGUUGGGUCGAGAAGCAUCCAAACAAAAAAAGUCAGAUAUGCUUAUCUUUCUAUGAAGUAAAAAACAAACAUGUAUCUUGGUUCAGUAAUAAGAUUGAACGCUUGUAUUGGGAGCAAUGGUAUAUAAAUCUUAAUGUAGUCCAGCAUCCAAAGGCUCAUUCUAACAAAUCUCAUCAUUCUAAAGUUGCUGAUCCAGGAGAGGGAGCACUUGAAGAUAGAAAUGCACGAAGUGCCGCACUGGAAUCAUCGCUUCGAGAAGUUUUAUUUCAAAUUAUCAAAUUUGUUAAUGAAAAGAAGGACCAUGUUCCUCCAAUACCGAAUCUUGAGGGUGUCAUAUCAUUCCCCUUUGAAAUUACUAUACCUAGUUCAUCAGAUUCUGCAUUUGGGAUGGACAUGAUAAAGAGGAUGCUGCAGACUGGGCAUCCAACUAUGCUAAGCUGAUUGUCAGUUCGGACAUCGCACAUGUGGUCCCGCGGAUUCUUAUUGUGCAUAGACUUGUGCUGGAAGUGUAGAGCUGAGUAAAGCUAAGUGAAGCAAGGUUUAAUUUACUUGCCCUUGUAAAUAUUUCCUUUUUAAUUUCACCCUUUCCUUCUAUUUCCUCUCUUGGAAGUAUAUAUAUUCUGCACUUACUAUUUAUUGUCUUGUAUAUAUUUUCAAGCGUUCGUGACUUGUGACUUGAGUCGUCUUGCAUAACAUAAUACUAAGUAGUUGCUUUA